AAAAGGAAAAAAAAAAAAAAAAAAAAACAGGGCGUCACAGUCAAAACUCAGAACUCCCCCAAGUUGCUUGGAAACUCUCGUAGGGCGACCGAAGGGGCAGAAGAAGAGGAAACUUAGAGCCGCCUACUUUUUUGUUUCUGUCUCUCCAUUUUAGCCCCUUGAUGUUCUUCUCCAUUCAUACAUUUCAUUGAAAAUUACAGCACCUCUAUUUAGGUACUUCACUUCUCUGGUCUCCGUUUCUAUGGUUGUAUAUAUUCGUUUGCCCCAUAAGUUUGAAUUUCUACUUUGUUUUGGUAGUUGGGUUUGUGUUGAUUACGGUUAGUUUUAUGAUUCUCAUGAUAUGAAUGAACCCUUUUCAAUGCGUUUGGUGCCUUUUAUAAUGUGGGGUUUUUUUUUGGGGGGGGGGGGGGGUUACUUGUUUUUGAAAUUCUUGCUUUGUGAUUUACAUUAAAGUAUGAUGUUACAGAUGGAAAAGAAAAAGGCUAGCUCUGUUUGUGUUUUGAUUCUUGAAUUUACUGUGAGUUCUUGUGGGAUUUGGUUAAAGUUUGAUCCUUUUUGAGUUUUUUAUUCAGCUUGUGUUAUCUUGAUUAAAUAUUGAAUUUUUUUGAUCGUUUACCUGGAAUUUGCUAGGUUUUCUUAGUGCUCCAUCGCUUUUGAUGGUUUUUUUUUGUUUGGUUUAAAAGAGGGGUUGGAAAUUACAUGGAUUGAGAUGUGUUGUUGAUGUAUUUUGAGCAUAAUAAUAAGCUUGAUGUUUUAUGUUUAACACGCUUAUGAAUAUGAAUUGAGUUGAAACUGGAGCUAACUGCUUUUGGGAUGUUCUUUGAAGUUUCCAUUCCAUUAUCAGUUGAUGCAUUGAGAUAAUGCUUGUCAAAAUUUGCUUCCUUUUUAAUCUUGUCAUUCGAAGAAACCAGCAAUAAUAAUGCCUUUUCUGUCUAAUUAGAGAAUUUACUUGGCAUUUGGUAGCAUUAACAGAGGAUGGAUUGUUCUGGUGAUGCAUAUUUGACUACUAUUGUAAUCAGAGGCUAGCUAGACCUGGCUACUUGUGUACUCUUGUUAAGUAUAAGUAGGCUAACCUCUAUUACAUUUUAGCUGCUGUUUGUCCGAGUCAAUUAUGUGUAGUAGAUAGGUAGCUGCCUAGAUUCUUUCCUCAGGCUGCCCCAUGUGAUUAUUCAAGGUUGUUUAGUACUCACAGUUUAUUUAAAGUAUGGUGAAUGUAAGGAAUAGAAAGGGCAGGAGAUAUUGCGUAGUCUUUGUUGGGAUAUUCUAAUUUAUUUGCACUGGAUUCCAUCACAUUAUGUUUACUUUUGUUGGUGGAAAGGGCUAGAAAUAAAGGCUCAUGAUUUGGUCAUCCAUUUGUUAUGAACUGAUGAUCUUGGCUAAUUGCUUCUGCCAUUUCUUCUACAUAGUCAAUUGGAAUUAGUGAAUUUUGAAGUUCCUCAUCUCUCAUCAACUGAACUGUUUAUUUCGAAGCUUUAAAAUUCAAAGGUACAGAUUGCAGAUUGUAAGAGCAUGGAUGGUUGAAUGCAUGUAUUGGAUGGAAAGUCUCUGUUAUUGUAGUGUGAAACUGUGGAUGUAGCUUUCUGAGGUUUGCAGAUUAUGCUGCGUGCAAAGCAGUUUGGUACGCUCUCUCAAACAGCCAGGUCUUUUUUCUUUAGUGGGUCAAGAUGUGCUGCAGAUGGAAGUUCAUGCACAUGUCCUGAAGAUGAGCAUUGUGUUUCCAGAAGGCCUCAGAGGAAAAAUGAAGGGUCACAUUCGCAGUUAUCAUCCACCAUAAUCUCUAGACCAGUGGGAGCAGGAUCUGUAUUUUCUGGAGAUGCUCAAGAAGCUGUUAACUCUCCAAAACCAAUUACUGUACAGUAUCCGGUGUCCCAGCCGCAAGUUAUACCAGCCCCUAGUUCAUUAGCUAGUGGUUCGUUGAGUAGUGAAGAACGUGUUAGUUAUUCUAUUUUUGAUGCUUCCAGCACGGUGCACUCAUCACCUCCUAUUUCAGACCAAGUGGUUAAGGCUGGUGUGGCAGCUGUCAGCUUAUUGUCUGAUUUAGUAAAUCACAAGAUUCCAUUCACAGAGGGAAGUGCAUCACAUGGCGCACCUGCAAACUCUGUUGGCGAUAGUUCAAAAUCAAUUCAUGUCAUUGAUCUUUUGAAGCCCAUUCCUGCCGUGGGUUAUGUAAAGCCUACUAACUCUGGAGGUGGAAACUCAAGAACGGUCAGAAUUGAAAAAGACCACUCGAAACUACAUUCCAAGCAAGCAGCUGGAUCAAGUGCUUCACAGAACUCUAAUCUUGCCAAGGGUAGAGCUGAUAGGUUUACAUCCGCCAGAGGUACGGACCAGUUGUCAAAUAAAGAAACGAGAAACCAUGUACAGGUCAAACCAUUUGCUUCGAAUAAUCGUGACAAGAAAGGAUCGAAGCCUCACAGAACUGGGAAUAAUUCAAACCACUAUGUUGCAGAUGUACAUAGCGAAGGAAAAAGUUUUGUUGGAGAUAGGAGUGCAACUUUCACCAAGACAGUGGGAGAGGCCAAAUUACCAACUCGUUUUGCUCCACCAGCUAGGCAGUUUUCAGGAUCAGGCCAUGCAGUUGAUAAUGUUUCACGAAUUUUGCGUCAGAUGAAGUGGGGACCUGCUGCAGAAAAUUCUCUCACUAAACUCAACUGUUUUCUAGAUGCUUUCCAAGCUAACCAAAUUCUUAAGGGGCUUCAAGAUCAUACAGUAGCUCUUGGGUUCUUUUACUGGUUGAAAAAGCAACCUGGGUUUAAGCAUGAUGGACAUACGUACACCACGAUGGUUGGGAUACUUGGUCGUGCAAGGCAAUUUGGAGCAAUAAACAGUUUGCUAGACCAAAUGGUCAUGGAGGGAUGCCAGCCAAAUGUUGUAACAUACAACCGACUCAUUCAUAGUUAUGGCCGUGCUAACUAUUUGAGUGAAGCUAUCAGUGUUUUCAAUAAGAUGCAGAAAGUAGGUUGUGAACCUGAUCGUGUAACAUAUUGUACAUUAAUUGAUAUCCAUGCUAAAGCUGGAUAUCUUGAUGUUGCUAUGGAUAUGUAUCAGAGGAUGCAGGAAGCCGGGCUCUCUCCUGACACAUUCACCUACAGUGUAAUCAUCAAUUGCCUGGGGAAAGCUGGUCACUUAGCUGCUGCUCACAAACUGUUCUGUGAGAUGGUUAAUCAGGGAUGUGUACCUAAUUUAGUGACCUACAAUAUCAUGAUAGCACUGCAAGCAAAGGCAAGAAACUACCAAAAUGCUUUACAGUUGUAUCGGGACAUGCAGCAUGCUGGAUUUGAGCCAGACAAAGUAACUUACAGCAUAGUCAUGGAAGUCCUUGGUCAUUGUGGUUAUUUAGAGGAAGCAGAAGCAGUCUUUGCCGAGAUGAAGAGGAAAAACUGGGUUCCAGAUGAGCCAGUUUAUGGGCUUCUGGUGGACCUUUGGGGAAAGGUCGGCAAUGCAGAGAAGGCCUGGGGAUGGUAUAGAACCAUGCUUGAUGCGGGUUUAUGCCCUAAUGUGCCUACGUGUAAUUCUCUUUUGAGUGCUUUCCUUAGGGUACACCGACUCUCAGAUGCAUACAACCUUCUUCAAAGCAUGCUCGGCUUGGGACUACAGCCUUCCUUGCAAACAUACACUUUGCUCCUUAGUUGUUGUACAGAAGCCAAAACAUCAUUUGACAUGGCAUUUUGUGGCCAGCUCAUGGCUGUCACAAGCCAUCCUGCACAUAUGUUUUUGUUGUCCAUGCCCUCAGCAGGACCUGACGGGCAGAAUGUUAGGGAUCAUGUUAGCAACUUCUUAGAUUUAAUGCAUAGUGAGGAUAGGGAGAGUAAAAGGGGACUUUUUGAUGCUGUAGUUGAUUUUCUUCACAAGACAGGUCUCAAGGAGGAAGCUGGAUCAGUCUGGGAGGUUGCUGCCCAGAAGAAUGUGUAUCCUGAUGCUGUCAGGGAGAAGAGCUCUUCCUAUUGGCUUAUAAACCUGCACGUCAUGUCAGAUGGAACUGCUGUGAUAGCACUAUCAAGGACAUUGGCAUGGUUUCGCCGUCAGAUGCUUUCUUCAGGAGUUUGUCCUAGUCGCAUUGACAUUGUGACUGGAUGGGGCAGGAGGAGCAGGGUAACAGGGUCUUCUUUGGUUCGACAGGCAGUGCAAGAGUUGCUAGAUGUGUUCAGCUUCCCAUUCAUGACAGAAAACGGGAACUCUGGGUGUUUUGUUGGGUGUGGAGAACCUCUUAGCCGAUGGUUGGUGCAAUCAUAUGUUGAGCGCAUGCAUUUGCUUUAGUCUCGAUUUGAAGGCGCCUGCCUGUCUUUGGCGCAGUUUUGUCGUUGCAAGGGAAUAGCAUUAUAGCAUAAUUUAACCUAAAUAUUUUGGUUGUGGAAGUAAAGAUCAAGCUGAGAAUAGUUUUGGUAUCUUUUGGUUUUUGGUUAGUUCUGAUGUAAAGUUGAUAUGGAUCAACGUUGGUUUUGCAAGUAUUUAUGAGCAUUAGAUGAUUUUUGGGUCGAGGCAGAAACAUAUGAUCGUGUAAAACUAGGGUCUAGUGAAAAUGAAUUUAGAUAUGAAAACUGGUUAAAUCAAUGUUUUCAUCACUUUUUCUUACCCUUUUUAUUUUAUUUUUUUUUAACAAAAC